UUUGGUUACUUUCGUUUUCGUUGAUAUUUCAUUUGAUUUCAAUUCAAGAAGCUAAAGGGAAGGGGUUAAUAUUUUCUAAGCGGUCCCCUUCUUUAGUUCCAUGAUUUCCAUGGAUUUUAUUAAUAUCAGUUUGACAUUAAAACUUUUCGGUAGAAUACAUUACAAAAGUUAAAUUAUAAUAAUGAAUCAACAAGUCAAUGGUGUUGUUAAAAAGAGAAAGGAUAAUUUUUUGCAAGAAGCUGGUGAAAUCCAAAAGAAAAAUGUAUCAAAUACUACAUGUUCUAAAGCAAAAUUAAGCCCAAAAACCAUUGGUUUGGUUUUUAUAUCAUUAUUAUUGGAUUUAUUGGCAUUCACUAUGAUCCUGCCACUUUUACCUUCGUUAUUAGAUUAUUACAAUAAAGAAGAAGGCAAAGGAAAUAGUUUAUAUGCAAGUUUACUUCAAGCUGUCCAAAGUUUUCAAAAGUUUACAGGGGCACCAGAUCGGUUUUCUUCAGUUUUAUUUGGUGGAAUUCUGGGCUCCAUGUACAGCUUUCUCCAAUUUCUAACGAGUCCAAUAGUUGGAAGUCUUUCUGAUGCAUAUGGAAGAAAGCCUAUGCUCUUAAUUUGUUUGAUAGGCAUAGCAGUAUCACAUGGUCUGUGGGGUUGUGCAAGAAGUUUUAGUGUGUUUGUAUUGGCACGAUUCAUUGGUGGAUUGAGCAAAGCCAAUGUAAGUCUUAGUAUGGCCAUUGUUACAGAUGCGUCAAAUGAGAAAACUAGAGCAAGAGGAAUGGCAUUAAUAGGUCUAGCGUUUUCUGUUGGGUUCAUAAUUGGACCUUUAGCAGGCGCUUGGUUCGCCGCUAACAAUACCCUCACGUCUGGGCCAUGGGGCGAGCGACCUGCUUUUUACGCACUGUUACUAUCUCUUGCUAAUGUAGCACUUGUAAUAUUCUUCAUACCAGAAACAUUACCCAAGGAGAAACGAGCACCACUAUUGUUUACGCUGUCUAAGACACUGGAUUUCGUAUCCCCUUGGCAUUUAUUGAAAUUUAGCGCUGUGAAAAAUUUAUCACAGCAUCAGAAUAAAGUACUUACAAAAUUGGGACUGAUCUACUUUUUAUAUUUAUUUAUAUACUCUGGUCUCGAGUUUACUCUAACAUUCCUCACUCAUCAUACCUUCCAAUACACGGCUAUGCAACAAGGAAAAAUGUUCUUAGUCAUAGGCGUCAUAAUGGCGGUGCUGCAGGGCGGCGCGGCGCGGCGGCUGGGCGCGAAGGGCGCGGAGAGGGCCGCGCGGGCGGCGCUGGCGCUGACGCCGCUGUCGUUCGUGUGUGUGGCUGCCGCCGCCGCGCCGCGUCCGCCGCUGCUACCGCCCGUCGCCUGGCUCUGGCUCGGACUUGUCCUCUUUGCUGUUUCGACUGCGUUCGCGGUGUCGUGCCUGUCGUCGCUGGCGGCGGGGCAGGCGCCGGCGGCGGCUCGCGGCGCGGCGCUGGGUGCGCUGCGCUCGCUCGGUGCACUCGCGCGAGCUGCUGGCCCGCUGCUCGCCUCCUCCGUGUACUGGAUUUCGGGCGCAACUACUACCUACACUAUAGGAGCCGCAAUUCUAAUCAUUCCAGCUGUGAUGAUGUUUAGACUGAAGAUAUGAACUCUAUAUCUUUUGCAGAUUUUACACUGCCUCAAGAAGCACAUAAGCAAUAAAAGAUUUUAUAUGCCUAUUAUGUACCUAACAGUAGGUAAUAAGAUUUGAGAAUAACUUAUUUAUUGUAACAUUACCAGAUUUUAUAACUUAUUUAUUUUAUUGAUAAUACUUUAUAAGUACAGGAGAUUUAUCUCGAAUAAACAGUAUUAUAUUACA